UAAUGUUGAAGCAGUAAAAAGCCUGGUAACUAUUAAUGAAGACCCUCAAGAUUCUCUAAGUGCCGAAUUAUGGGAAUCAUUGUCAAUAUCUAAUAAUGAUAUUAAUGAAGAUGAAUUUACACAAUAUAUGAAAGAACUAAAGGCAAAUAAACAUUAA